GCACAAUAAUCAAGUAUUGAACGAAGAUCAGUCAUACGAGUGGAACGGUGUUAAACCCGUGGAUACAAUUGUGAUGGUUCCAAGACAUGUUAUCCAAGAGACCUGUAAGAUUCAAGAUUCUUCUGUGACGGUUCAAGUGCCUCAAACGGAGCAACCUCCAGCGUCAAACUCAGUCAGAGAGACCGUUAACACUCAAGAUUCGUCUUUGAAGGUUGGGGGCAUGUUAGUACGUGUGUUACCGAUAAAUACUCUGGUGAAAGUGAACGCUACGGAUGACGUGAAAAAACUGAGAGAGAUGUUGUUUCAGAGUCAACAGAGAGGUCAGAUACAAAAACUGCCUCGAGAUGGGUAUUUCUUGACGCACAAAAAGAAAGUAUUGAAGGAAGAUCAGUCAUACGAGUGGAACGGUAUUAAAAACGCGGGUACAAUAGUGAUUGUUCCCAGACGUUGGACCCAAGAUACGAGUAAGAUUCAAGAUUCGUCUGUGACAGUUAGGAGAAGCAACAGGAAUCAUCAAGUGCUCCAAACAGAGCAUAUCAUCAACAGACCUCAAGAUUCGACUGUGACGGUUCAAGUGCCUCAAACGGAGCAAUCUCCAGCGUCAAACUCAGUACUCAGUCUCGAAGAGAUCUCUGACAUUUUAAAUGCGCCUGAGAAUGACCCGAAGCAGAAGAAAAAAGUAUAUGUGAUGCCAUUUUCAAUUGAGUGUAAAGGUGUGAAGAGAUUUAUUGAGGUGGAAUUGAGCUCGACGGAUCAAGUGAAAAUACUGAGAAACGAGUUGGUUGAAAGUAUUCGGAGGGGUUAUAUAAAACUGCCUCUUGAAGGAUAUUUCUUUGCGGACAGAAAGAAGGAGAGAAUAUUGAAUGAAGAUCAGUCAUUCGAGUGGAACGGUGUUCUUGGUCCAGCCGAAACAGUUUAUAUGGUUCCCCGACGUUAUGAGUUGUCUUUUACUCGUGCCUCUUAAGUCAUAGUUUUCUUUGGAUUCAAAAAAGUUGUUUAGAAAUUUUGUAUAUCCAGAAACAAAAACUAUGAUACAUU